CGGGAGCGGAUGAGGGGUGCGGGACAAUGUUGUAGCCAAUUAAAGCAAAAAGUGCCUUAUGUUCGGGACCGAAAGAUCAUUUAAUGAGCCGGAGCGGUCCCUUAUGAGACGGGCUGCGGGUCUGGAGCUCGUUGAGGAGAGAGGUUGCUCGGAUUAAAUGCUACUUAUGCUGCGGCUUUGCGCCCGGUCUUGAGCUCUGCGGCAGGUGAGGAGCUGAACCGGGCCGGGACGCCCUUAUGGAUCGGCAGCAUGGAUGCUUUCAGUUUCUCCUUUAACAGCAGCGGCGGCCCGGACAGCAAAGACAGCGAUGAAGCCGCAGAACCCCAGCCGGAGUUUGGCCCUGCGGCGGCGGCGGCGACCCCGUCCGGAGCCGGUUACUGGACCGCCGUGUUCGAUUACGAAGCUACCGCCGAGGAUGAGCUCAGUCUGCGGAAGGGGGAUCGGGUGGAGGUGUUAUCCAAAGACUCGCUGGUGUCCGGGGAUGAGGGGUGGUGGACAGGUAUGAUCGAGGACCGGGUCGGUAUUUUCCCUAGUAACUACGUGAGCAGUAACGGCAUCUCGGAGAAGAUUCGGGACACGCCGGAAGACUAUGGCGAUUAUUCGGUGCCUCAGUUACAUUUGCUUCAGAUAGAUUUCAGUGAGCUGGCUGAGGAAAUGAUCGGCGUUGGAGGUUUUGGAAAAGUGUACCGUGCCAUUUGGAAAGGGAUGGAGGUGGCGGUGAAAGCCGCUCGACGGGACCCUGACGAGGACAUGUCGCAGACAUUGGAGAGCGUCCGUCAGGAGGCCAAGCUCUUUGCCAUGCUGAGACACCCCAACAUCAUGGGCCUUCUGGGAGUGUGCCUGCAGGAGCCCAACCUCUGCCUGGUAAUGGAAUACGCCCGCGGCGGGGCGCUCAACCGGGCUCUGGCUGGGAAACGCAUCCCUCCUCACACACUGGUGGACUGGGCAGUACAGAUUGCAAGAGCCAUGCUGUACCUGCACUGCCAGGCCAUCGUACCUGUCAUCCACAGAGACCUGAAGUCCAGCAACAUUCUGAUUCUGGAACGCGUGGAGAACGACGAUCUGAGCAACAAGACUCUGAAGGUGACAGAUUUUGGUUUAGCUCGGGAGUGGCAUCGAACAACGAAGAUGAGCGCAGCGGGGACGUACGCCUGGAUGGCCCCUGAGGUUAUCCGCUCCUCGACCUUCUCCAAGGGCAGUGAUGUUUGGAGUUAUGGAGUUUUACUGUGGGAGCUGUUGACGGGAGAGUUGCCAUUUCGUGGCAUUGAUGGUCUGGCGGUAGCUUAUGGUGUGGCCAUGAACAAACUGUCCUUGCCGAUCCCCUCCACCUGUCCUGAGCCAUUUGCCCGGCUGAUGGAAGACUGUUGGAAUGUGGACCCUCAUGCACGACCCCCCUUCACCAGUAUUCUAGACCAGCUGACGGCUAUUGAAGAGUCGGGCUUCUUUGAAAUGCCGGCAGAAUCCUUCCAAUCCCUGCAGGAUGACUGGAAGCUGGAGGUUCAGGAGAUGUUUGACCAGCUCAGAGCCAAAGAGAAGGAGUUGAGAUCCUGGGAGGAGGAACUGAGUCGUGCAGCUGUACAGCAGAAGUAUCAGGAAGAGGCUUUGCGGCGGCGGGAGCAGGAAUUGGCGGAGAGAGAAAUUCACAUUCUGGAGCGAGAGCUCAAUGUCAUCAUUCACCAGCUGUACCAGGAGAAACCACGAGUUCAAAACCGUCAUGGAAAGUUCCGGCGCAGUCGUCUUAAACUGCGUGAUGGGAACCGCAUCAGCCUGCCUUCUGAUUUCCAGCAUAAGAUUACAGUCCAAGCUUCUCCUUCUUUGGACAGAAGGCGGAGCCUCCUGGGCAGUAACUCCACCCCUCCAAACAGCCCCCCUGUUUUGCCACGCCUCCGAGCGAUCCAGUUGACUCCAGGGGUCGGAUGUCAAGCCUGGGGUCGUAAUGCUGCAUUUCAGUUUGAUGAAGACGAGGAGAGAAAGGCUUCACGCAAGAAAGGGAGAACGCAAAGGGAACACAGUGCUGAUGAGAGUUUGAGGACUCCUAAAGAGGGCAGUCGGCAGCGUUCCUGCAGUGCUCCAAACCUGCGACGUUCCCCCAGACACAGUCCCGCUGUUCCUGGCGUGUGCAGCCUGGCAGAGACUGAAAAUGAGGACUGCUGCCUCCCAUCGGAGUCAGCUGACUCCCCUGGCCAAUCAUACCUCUGCAUCCCGUUCCACAGGGAUGGAUCCACUACGGAUAGUUACGGCAUGGAGUGCGGCACGACUGGAAUGGCUUCUGACUUUUCCCCCAGUUAUACGCGUCGGAGCCCCAGUGGAAGCCGUAGAUCAGAACUGGUGUUGCUGGGCUGCGGGGCGGCUCUGGCUGCUGUGGGUUUAGGUCAAAAUCUAUUGGACCUGAUGCGUGUGGAAGAGAGUGUACGUCCGCGAUGGGAAGGGCUGUUUCACCGUAGCGGAGGUCUAAGUCGUGGUGCCAGCCCACCCACACGCAAACUCUUCAAACGGGAAAGUCCCCGUCGCCCUCCCCCUCUGCCCACGUCCCUCACACUCCUGUCUCUUUCAUCUGUGUCUGAUUGUAACUCAACCCGAUCUCUUCUGCGCUCCGACAGUGAAGAGCUGCUCGUGCUACGCCCACCUACGCCCCCUGCUCCGCCCCCUGGACAGACCCCACCUCCUCUGAACCCACUGGUCAACACCCACCUGGAGAGCUUUAAACGGCACCCUCGACAGUCUCUGACGCCCACACACGUGCCCUCUGCACCCAGUGCCGCCUGCAGGCUUCAUCGCACACCUUCAGAUGGCGCGAUAAAGAUGGGCUCGCCUGCCCAUAACAACCACAAUCCCGCCCCUACCACACCCUCCAAAACAACAGUGACUCCGUGGACCUUAAGUGAGGAUCCCUCACAGGUGCCUCGUCUUCCUGAUCCAAAUCUCAUCUUUCCACCUACGCCACGUCGGCGCUUCCAGCCUGAGCGUCCCAAGACUCUGGACUUCCUGGCUAGGCCCCGCCCGUGUCCACGAGCUCGCUGUGGAUCCCAGUGGGGCGAAUCUCCCGCCCACACGUCCAGCACUGAAACCCCAUCCACUGUGGAGUUUGGAGGAGGUGUGGCUGUCUUGCCCACUCCAAUGGAACCACCAACCCCCUGUUCCCCUUGGGUAAAUGACAGCCUUUUGGACCAACAAGAUGAAGGACAAUACAGGGAUGGGACACGGCCUCUCUCGUCAGAUUCCAGAGACUCACCUUACAGAGUGCGACCAGGGUUUUGCUCCUGAUUUCACCCCUCACAAAUUUAGACCCACUUGGUUUCAGAUGUAGCACUUAGACUAUCAAGUCAAUUCAAGGGGAGUUCUGGAUACCAUGGAGAAAAAAAACUGCUUAAACCAGACUAAGAUGGUUUGCUUAUCUCAGCAAACAUAAGGUUUAAGCUGGUCUUAGCUGGUUUAAGCCUGGUCAAGCUAGCUGGGUGUCGCCCAAGUGCCCAAAACCCCUCUUAAACCAGCCAUCAGACCAACUUGACUGGACUACAAGACCAACUAAGACCAACAAACCAACUUGGUCUGGUUUGAAUUUAUUUUUAUUUUUUUUUCAGUAUAUGUAUUCACCAUAUUAAGAACUGAUUUUAGAGAAAAGGAUUAAUUACCCAGCAUAAACCAAAGGUGCUUGGUUUUUGCAUAAUCCAGAUGCAGUUAUGGACUAUGUCCAAUUCAAUAUUACAGUUUUUCAACAUAUAUAUAUAUACUCCUCAUUUUCUUCCUCUGUAUUUUGCCUUGUUUUCCAGUACAAAUAUCUGAACAUUCUUAAAUCGAGAUACAUUUACUUGAGAAUCAAAAUGACUGAAUUAAAAGUCCUGUGACUUUAUGUUUAAAAGAAGAAAAAAUAUUUGUCAAAUUUAAAGCAACUGUAUGUAGUUUUGUGUAUUUUUGCAACUUUGGAGCCCCCUACAUUUAAGUGAGUGUUGUUCACUGUCUUAAAUACAAUAGCGGUACACGUGAAUUUGUUGUUUCCGUAAAGCCUUUUUCUCUGAAUUUAGUACCCUCUCACUAAACUUACAAACUCCCAGAACAGACAUUUGGGGGGAGAGUGGGAAAGAAACAGAAGCCACUCACCUUAUAAGAAGUUAAUGCACCACCAUAUUUCAAGGGGGGAAAAAAUUACCUACAGUUGCUUUAAAUGGAAAACAAGUUAAUUUGCUUACUCCUUUUUCUCGUUUUAAGCAUAAAUUCAUUUAAUUUUGUUAUAUUUUUCAGAAAACAAUUUUGUCAUUUUGCUUCACAAAGUAAUUAGGUAACACUUUAUUUUAAGGUCUCUUAACUAGCUGCUUAUUAGCAUGCAUAUUAAUAGAAUUUUAGCCAUUUAUUACUAGUAAUUAAGCACAUAUUAAUGCCUUAUUCUACACUGUAAAAAAAAUUCCGUAGUUUUUACAAAAUAAUUCUGGCAGCUGUGGUUGCCAGAAUAAUUUUGUAAAAAAUACAGAAAAUAAAAUUUACAGUAUAAAACUGUAAUGUACAAACAGGGAAAUUUGAAUGUAAACUACUAAAUUCAACAACACACACUGCUAUUAAAAUCUGUUUUGUACCUUUAACAUACUGACAACCACCAUAAUAAUGCAGGUGAUAAAAGAGAAAGCCACAUGAAGAAUCAAAGCUCAUCACAGGUAGCUUCAGUACAAGUAGAAGUAUAUACUAAUAUAUAGAAGGUGCACAGAGUCAUUCAUGCAAACACAAAACACCAUCAUGGUAACACACAUGAUAUUUAAAUAAUGCAAUAAACUUUCAUUAAACAACAGAAGAUGUAACAUAAAGCCCAAAUGUACAUAACUGAUAACAAAAACUAUUAAAAAACAUGAUCAUUUAAACAAAAUACUUUCAAAUGUGGAAUUCUGGAAUUCUGGGAAUAUCAGUUUACAGUUUUUGACUGUAAAUUAUACAUUGAUUUGUUAUUUUUACUUCUAAAAACUGUGCAAUUAACAGCAUUUUACUGUAAAAUGACAUGAAAUGCCUGGAUAGAUCUUUUACAGUUUGUCCCUGUAUAUAGUACAGGAACUCACGGUUAAUAUAUUAACAGUUUUUUUCAGUAGCGUUUUUACAAAAUUUUACAGUUAAAAUAAUUUUUUACAGUGUACAUGACCUUAUUCUACAUCCCUAAUCCUACCCAAUACCUAAACUUAACAACUACCUUACUAACUAUUAAUAAGCAGCAAAUUAGGAAUUUAUUGAGGGAAAAGUCGUAGUUAAUAGUGAAUAAGUGUUCCCUAUUCUAAAGUAUUACCAGUAAUUAUAUUUUGAUUUAAGAAUGUUUAGAUAUUUAUACUGGAAAACAAGACAAAAAUACUGAGAAAGAAUAUCGUUUAUUGCAGUGUGGGGUCUAACAGUGCGUUUUGAUAAGUUCUUCUUCAGUAAACUCUACUAUUUACCACCAGGCAUUAUAAGCUAUCGAAUAAAAAUACAAUCCAGAUGCUUCUUUAAUGGCCGGACUGAUUUCUGAGUGCUUUAGAAAAGUACAGGGUCUGCAGCUGAGAUCUUGAAAGACAUUUAUCAGGACACUUUUUUUAUUUGCAAACUUCUUUUUUUAUUCAUAUUGAGUGUAUUAUCUCAGCUGUCCUGCUGCGCUGUAUUGACUUCCUCUCUGUAUGUACUGUACACGCGUCUGCAUGUUUAUAGUAGAUUUAGCUCUCUGAACAUAGCACUGAAUUAGCUGGGGAACAUUGGAUGGUUUAUUUCUGCUACUCAUUGGAGAUUUCAGGUUUUAUUUUUCAUACAUAAAUCAGAUUGUACACCUUUAGAAGUGCUUUUUCCGGUCUCAUGAAUGUAUAGUUCUGUCAUACUUCUCAUAUUUAGACCAUUCGAGAUCACUGAUUGUUCUGUGGUUUUCACUGUAGCAUGCAGCACAUAGUCUUUCACAAGUAAUAUGCUUGUUUAGUGACCUCUUCACUAUGCAAACCACCAGUAUUAAACAUGGCAAAACAUCUUAAAGAGGAAAGUUAGAAUUUAUUGGCUCUACAUUUUCAGCUCUACAAUAGUCAGGUACAUUAUUGCAGUCUUCCAGUGUUUGUUCAUGCUCAGUGUGUGUGGUGUGAAUGUGUGUGUGUGUGUGUGUGUGUGUGUGCGUGCGUGCGUGUGUUAUGCAUGCAAUUCAGUGUAACUGAUGGAUUCCAAGGUGUAUGUGCAUUGAAUUUUGUUGGAGAAUUUUGAGAAUGCAUAUUGAAUUUGUUUUGCAAUUUUUAGUGCAAUAUUUGUUAAUAUAAGUUUACAUGUUUGUUUAUUUAUUUAUUUAAAUUAUUUUUAUAUUUUUCACAUUUUUGUUAAGAUAAAAUUGAUGAAGAGAAACAUUCCUGUCUACAUUUCUGAACAUGUUCAGACAUUCAAGGUGAACAUUCUUUUGCACGUUUACAGCAGUGUUGUCCUCCAUCUCAGUCCAAUCUUUCAUCUCUACACUGGUGAAGAGGCCCUCUAGAGACAAAACAACAUUUGGAGACAAAACACAAGUGUUUGUGUCCGUCUUCCCUUUCUGUCACAUGAAACAUCAUUUUUCAUGCACACGGCAAAAUGAACUUGCAGUUGAAUGCAGAGUCCUGAAAUGUGGCAAGGAAAUUUGGCUGAGGAUUUAGGAACUCUCAUUUCAUUCCAUCUGUAUGUGGAACAGGGGUGGUUUUUUUUAUGGCUUAAAGGAAUGUGUAGCCAUCAUCAGGAGCAUCUGCUAUCAUUUAUCAGCACAAUCACUGUUGUCCUGAAGAGCAGGUGUUUUGGGUUCAGAAGCUGCUGCUAUGAAACUUGUACUUGCACCCGAGCACAUUAGACUUGUGUAAGAGCUCGAUUAAAGCCCUGAAAUGCUGAGAUGUGGUGUUUUGUGACCGACUGUCUUAGGAUAAAAGUACGCAACUCUAGAAGAUGAUUUUCACAUAUUAUCAUCACAGCAAGUAAAUGAGACUAGACUGCCAUUUUCCAAAUGCAUUCUCUAUUUCCUCUCUAUUAAUAUGAACAUUAAGACAAGACAAACCCAUUAUUUUUUUCAUGCACUGCUUAAUUUUGAGAUUUUGAGCUAUUUUGCUUCCACAACAUAUCUUGUUUCAAACCAGUAGAAAGAAAACAUCCAAAAUACACAUUUUAGUGUUUGUUUUAUUGCUUUAUAUAUUUGCAUCUGUAGAUUUCAGUUUUUUAAAGGCUGUUUUCUCAAAAUGUUGUGUUUUUUUUUUUUGGUCCUGCACUGAGCCAGAAAUCUCUACUUUAGCACUUAUGUAGACCAGACGUUUCCAUUUUAUUCCUAUCUACAUUCUGAAGGUUUUGACAAAGGGCUUCAUUCAUAUAUAUUUCACUUGAUUUAUAUAAAAUUUUAUUCUUAAAAACAUGGUUAAUUUAUUUUCUGGCAGUGGACAGUAUUUUAUGAUCCAAAGGAAUAUUAUAUGAAAAAAAUAUGAAUUUUGAACAUAGCUUUACUCUAUGUUCAGAUUUCUAUUCUGGAAUUGUAUGCAAACCUAUGCAUAUUUAAUUAGAUAAUACAUUAUUUGCAUAUUGAAGCAUAACCUUUCAUAAAACUUCUAAUACAAAACAGUUGUCUUAAUGUAUUAAGCCACUUGAUAAAAUCUGACCCACCCUAUUCACCAUUUUUAUUUCAAUAUUGGUUUAUUAAUAUUUUAUUUAUAUUUAAUAACAACAUAUAUGGGAUUUAUUAAAUGUGAGAUUAUUGUUUUAUAGUAAUACAACCUCACUGGUCCACAUUACUGCAAAUUUAAGAAAUACUAAAUAUUUGCUCAGCAAUUUAAUGAAAUUUAAUUCUUCUGUUACACACAGAGCAUGUCUAGGACAGCUUCCCCAUCUGUCUCCAAGAAAGAUUUCUCUGCAACCUCACCAUAGCAACCAGAAUGGAGCACAGAAUUGGACUGU